GCAAUUUGUCCGUUGCAGACCAGCGCAGACGGAUGUGAUCGAGGCAAGAAUCACCUGUAUUCUGGCAUUCAUGGUGACACCCAUGGGGUCCGAGCGGGUGGAGAUGCGCAAGAGACAGAUGCAGGUGCACCAGGAAGCUGCUGCCAGUGUUCUCCAAACGCAGCACGGGAUGGGGAACACGCCCACCAACGCCUCCAAUGCCUGUUGCUUCUGCUGGUGUUGUUGCUGCAGCUGCUCCUGUCUGACUGUUAGGGCGGAGGAUGAGAGGAUUAAAAAAAACACCUAUGAGAGGAGAGCAGAGGAAAUCGAAAACUGUGAUGACAGCCCCAAGCCUAUUCUGGAGGAUGCGAUGACAUGGACCAUGUCAUUUGAGAGGCUGAUGAAGAGCUCUGCAGGGCGGGGCUGCUUCCGCCAGUUCCUGAGGACAGAGUUCAGUGAAGAGAACAUGAUGUUCUGGUUGGCCUGCGAGGAGCUCAAGAAGGAGACCAACAAAACUGUGGUGGAGGAGAAAGUACGACAGAUCUACAAGGACUUCAUCUCCAUCCUCUCCCCUAAAGAGGUGAGUUUGGACUCGCGUGUUCGAGACGUGAUUAACAAGAACAUGUUGGAGCCCACGUCGCACACGUUCGAAGACGCCCAGCAGCAGAUCUACACGCUGAUGCAGAGAGACUCAUACCCACGCUACAUGAACUCUACAGCGUACGCAGAGCUACUGCAGGACCUGGCCGAACAACCACCUGCCACAGAGCCAUAAACUCUCACUCACCAUCAAUCACUCUGCACUGCUUUUAGAGGACACUUGUCUUAUCCAAAGGGGGUUUUAGGUUUAGCUUUCAGUUACAGUUCAACUGUUGAUUGAUCAACAGGUCAAUAAGCUGUAUUUACCAAACAGUAUUUAUUAAGGUGUAAACUACUGUUUAUAUUACCUUGAAUAUUGACUUUCCAAAAUACUCAGAGCAAGCAAGAACAUACGCUAGAUUCAGUUCCCGAUUUCAUAUAUAUAUA